AUGAGCCAUCACAUAUUUGUUUGUAAAGAAGCAUUAACAAUUAACCUUAUUCUAAUCUACACUUCUUUUAUAGAAUUACCAAAAGACUGCAGUGAAAUCCCUCUGUACAAGGAAAGUGGAGUGUAUGUUAUUCAACCAAAGGAUUUGCAUCCAUUGGUUGUAUACUGUGAUAUGAAAACCAAGAGCGGAGGAUGGAUUGUCAUUCAGCGCAACAGUUUUAAUUCAGAAAUUACCUGGGAUGAGUCCUGGAGCACUUACAAGUAUGGAUUUGGCAAUGUGCAGAGUGAUUACUGGUUGGGGGUAGAGUAUCUUCAUUAUAUCACCAAGCAAAAGGUGUAUCAAGUACGUUUUAUCAUCUAUGACAAAGACAAUGAAGAGAAGUAUGCUGACUACAACUUUUUUAGUGUUGAUGACGAAGCCCAUGGCUACACAUUGCGAUUGGGCAGUUACACGGGCACAGCAGGGGAUGCCAUGUCUUCUAUGUCUACUGGAACCACACAUGACAAUAUGAAAUUCACAGCCAAGGACAAAGACCAAGACAUAUACAGUGCUAACUGUGCUACAAGUUAUGGGGGCGCAUGGUGGUACGCUGCUUGUUUUGCCUCUAAACUCAAUAAUAAAAAUGCCAUUCAAUGGACUGGGCUGUGCAAUGGAAAUUGUAAAGGGUCUGUAAUGCUUAUCCGGCCUGCAGACUAUUGUGUUUACUUGAACAAAUAA